AUGGCUACGGAAUGGAGGGAAGCCGCGGUCAAUGAAGUGCACAUUAUGACAGAUAAGGCCAGUCAGUCGCGUCGUUUCUCCAACUUGAUUACUGGAAUUCAUGCGUCCGGAGCUAUCUCGUACGGCAUGAACAUUCUGAUGCAGAUCUGCCAGAACAACGUCGAUGAAGAUGGCACACCGAUCCGCGAAUUCACGCUGAAGUUGCAUCUGCCUUUCGAGUAUAUACGGUCACCGAGGUUCGAACUUGUUCAGGGCUUGGGAUGGAUGCAUCAGCUGUCGACUUCCGCCGUGAACGGCGUGUUGAACUCGCUGGUCAUCACAUUUGUGUUUUACAUGGGCGGUCAGAUAGAAAUCCUGUGUGAGGCAUUGAAGGACCUCUCCCCUGGCAAGUACAGCCAUCGCUUGGCGUCUUCCGUCUUGGGCGAAUUGGUGGUCAGGCAUCAGAAGAUCAUCACCUUCUCCGACAAGAUCGAGAAAAUCUUCUGUUACAUCGCGCUGAUGCAAUUCAUGUCGGGCACGUUGGUGAUCUGUUGCUUGGGAUAUAUGAUGAUGUCAUCGAUUAGCAGCACGGAAGGC